CACAAAAUAGCUCUAGAAAGCUAUGGAAAAUGAUGAUAUUUGAAUGCAAUGAAAGUAUGAAUGUUGUGAAGUUGAAUUGAUGAGAAAAGCAAACCCAAACACCCCUUUUUAUAGUGCCAAAAUAGGCUCCAACGGACCAAUGCAUUAAAGGGGUGAUUAGCUUGAUUUAUGGGAUUGAAAAGAUUUGGGAUCUGCGGAAUAUUGGCUUCCCAGCGAUGUAUGGACCUUACCCAUCGCUGGUAGGCCAAUUUUCCUUCAGUUUUGAAGCCAACGAUCACCUACCCAUCGAUGGGUACAUGCUUCCCAUUGCUGGGUGGGAGGUUGACUUCCAAACAAGGAAAGAAUCAACCUUAAAUGACAUACAACGGUCAUGCCUUCCCAUCGAUGUGUAUUUGGGAGGUUAUGACAUGGAGGAAAAAGAUACAAGGGCAUAUGAUCUUGUUGCUCUUGUUAGCCUUGGAUUAUCUCCGGAGGAUAAAAGAAAGUUAUCAAUGAAUGGAAAGGCAAUCAAUAUCCUCCAUUGCUCCCUCGGUCCCGAUGAAUUUGCACGAGUGAGUACGUGCAAAACUGCCAAAGAAGUAUGGGAUUUAUUAGAAGCCACUCACGAAGGGGACAUCUCGACAAAGCAAACAAUGAUUGCCCUUGGGAACUCCAAAUACGAAUCCUUCAAGAAAGGACCAUGUGAGACAAUCCAAGAUAUGAACAAGAGGUUCAAUGAGAUUGUCAACAAAUUGAGUACGUUGGGUAAGACGUAUACUACUUCCGAGCUUAAUACGAAAAUUCUAUUUUCUUUACCUAAAGAAUGGCAUAGUAGUAUAGUAGAUUUAUUACCCAAAUGUGAUAAGGCCGAAACCGCUCACAUUUGGUCUUCUUUAUAUUCUCAUGAGCUUUUGUUGAGAAAGAUCAAAGAGGAAGAAAUGCGUGAAAAUCCCAAGCUUACCAACGCCUUCAAAGCUUCAAAAGACUCGUCUAGUGAAAAGUCAAGUGAAUCAAGUGAUGAUUCAAGUGACUCAAGCUCUACGGAAGAGUCGGAUGAUGAAGAAGACGAAGAGAAGGCAAUGAGAAAGAAGUAUACGGAUUUCUUCAAAUGGAAGAAGUAUGUGAAGAGGAAAGACACAUAUAAAAAGCCAAAGAAAGAGCGACAAAAAGCCAAGGUAAAUUCUUAUCACUUAUUGGGAUAAGAUAUUAUUUUGUUUGGUUUUAAUUAUUUUCAAAAAUAAAACCUUAUCCCAUAUGUGCUUUUAUUUGUUUUAGCCUUGGUUUGCAUGAUUAAAAUUUCUUAAAAUUCAUGCAUUUUAGAAAAUAAUCCCCAAAAAUCCCUGAAAAAUAAAGUUUUUUAAACUUG